AAUGUAUAGUACGUGUCAAGUUGUCAUUCACCAAAAACCUUUACGACGAGUAUGUGCGGUACAAGUGACAAUUUUAUUGAUAUUGUCGUAAAUACAUAUAAUUAUUAUUAUUUAAAUGAUGUUCGAACCCACGGAACCCGGAAAGGAAUUAUGUAUUCACACUGGAGUUGUCCUAAGCGGUGCAAAUAUUCGAGAAGAUGAAGUACAUAGUUCAGGAACAUUAAAUAUAAUUGAAUAUAGUUUCGGUAAAUGUAUCGAAUGGAAACCUCAAGAAGUAUCAGUAGUAUCAGAGAAUCGAGACCAAGAUCCCGAAUGGUCUGUCGUCGAGUCCCACACCCGCAGAACGCGGACAUCGUCCGAGGGUCCCGACUCUCUAGGCCGCGCACGCACCGUCCGGAUUCUCUUUUGCGAUCUCAAGUCCGUGCGUCUCAACCACGGAGGUCAGCAGUUGAUAUUCAUGCAAAAAGACGGCACAACCUACGUCGCUUUUUUCCAGUUAUCAAACGCUGAAAGUUUUGUCAACUCACUCAAAGGAUUCAUUAAAUUCGUCAAAGCUAAAUCUGAUAAAAAUUUAUACCUCGUUCUCGAUAGCGAGUACAGUAGCACAGUAUUGAAUAAAUCGUUUGCUGAAUUAGAUUUAUUUCAAGAGAAUACGUCUGACUAUGUAUGGAAGUUUGUUAAAAAUUUACACAAUCGUCCUUACGAAACUACACUAGAGGCUUUUAGUAAACUUGCUGAUAUUUGGCUUUAUAAAGAACCAGUUAAACAACCAGUUGAAGAAGCUGUUGCUGAUUUACUAAAUCGUUCAUUAACUGUCGACUUGACAUCACAACCACUUGGUUCAAGUGGUUCCGGUGAAGAGUACGAAGUUAUUGGUCAACCAGGACACAAAAUAAUUCUACCUCCACGGCCACCAUGUCCACGUGGUGCUCCAUUAUCACAAGAACAAUGGGAUAGAUGUAAAGAUGAUGAAGGAAGAAUAACAAAUCCAGACGCGAUACGUGAAAUUAUAUUUCGCGGGGGAAUAAUUCCGUCAUUACGUUAUGAAGUAUGGAAAUUUUUAUUAAAUUAUUAUCCGUGGAAUUCAACGAUAUCUGAAAGAAUAGAAUUAAAAAAGUUAAAAACUGACGAGUAUUAUAGAAUGAAAUUGCAGUGGAAGUCGAUGUCUGCUGACCAAGAAACAAGAUUUUCAGAUUAUCGUGACCGCAAAAGUCUCAUUGAAAAAGAUGUCAAUAGAACAGACAGAACUCAUCCGUACUAUUCGGGUGAUAAUAAUCCACAUUUAUCACAAUUAUAUGACAUACUUAUGACUUAUGUUAUGUAUAACUUUGACUUGGGCUAUGUACAAGGUAUGAGUGACUUACUUAGUCCUAUUUUAUGUUUGAUGGACAGUGAAGUUGAUGCUUUUUGGAGUUUCGUUGGCUUUAUGGAUAAAGUCAGUUCAAAUUUCGAAAUGGAUCAAGCAGGAAUGAAGGCUCAAUUAUGUCAAUUGAAUAAUUUGCUACAAAUAACAGAGCCACAAUUAGCGCAGUAUUUAAUAAGAAAUGAAUCUGGAAAUAUGUUCUUCUGUUUCCGUUGGUUGCUUGUAUUAUUUAAACGAGAGUUCAAUGCAAUAGAUAUUAUUAAAUUAUGGGAAAUAUUGUGGACUGAUUUACCCUGUAAAAAUUUUCAUUUAUUAAUUUGCACGGCCAUACUUGAUUCUGAAAAAAGUGCGCUAAUGGAAAAUCGUUACGGGUUUACUGAAAUUCUAAAGCAUAUUAAUGAUUUAUCGCUACACAUUGAAUUACCAUGGACUUUAUCAAAAGCUGAAGGGAUUUACCAUCAAUUAAUGUCGGUUGCACCAAAUUUACCUGAUCACAUACGAACAGUUAUUGGUCUCCAACCAUUGAAUAACACGUCGCCUUCAACAAGUGAUUUGGACGAUGAAAGUAAUGAUGUUACUGCUACAAAUAAUGAUCAAACGAAAGCCAAUAAUUACAAUGGGGAGGAACAAAUAACAACCACAACAAACAACUCAAGGAGAAACAGUAACUCGAGUGGCAAUAAUAUUAAAUUAGGUAACAAUGAGGUUGCUUUUGAACGCGGUUUGAAUAUGUCUUAUAUGUAAUUUAUUAUUAUUAUUAUUAUUUUAAAUAUAAUUAUUAAUUAAUGCCGUUAUUUUGUUUAUUCUCAACCAAGAAUAUGCAAUUGCCGUUUGUGUUAUAAAAAUAUAAAUCAAUGAGUUUGUUGAUGAGUUUAUUUUCGGUUGUUGUUAUUUAAAAAAUGAGUGAUAAAUUUUGAAAUUAUUAUUUAAUGUGUGAGUUUAAAUUAAAAUACACAUGCAUAUA